UCGCUGCUGUCGACGACGAGGACGACGCUGAUGGCGCUGUCGUGCUGAUAAAGUUGGACACCGCACUGUCGUCUGCUGCUAAAAACUGCUGCCGUGUUGAUCUGUGUCUUAUUUGCAUAUUAUAGUAGCCUCCUCUCCAGCAGCAGCCGACGGGAAGUGGACGGUCGGAAGAAGGGUCCGCUGUUGCUGUUUGUCGACUGCUACGGUGUCAUCAUCUCCUACGCUGUGGGAAAUGGCGAUGCUGAUAGCAAAGUUGAAAUUGUUGUGGUAGUUGUUGUUGUUACUGUUGUUGUUGUUGUUCUUGUUGUCAGUAUGCUGCCCAGCAAUGCUGGUUGGUCAAGCACUAAUCCAGUGUGGUCUUAACGGUCUGUCUAUUCCUGUUGAUGGUCGCUUCUCUUAAUUUGUUGCCGACAAUUGCUUUUAGCUGUUGACUUUAGUGACGAUGCCACUGCUGCUGGGGCUGAAGCAGCAGCAGCAGCCCCAAUAUCGGAGAGGUGAGUAAUGUUAAAGCUUGAGAGUUGACAAGGUGCCUCUACUACGGUCGUAUAUUACUCAUUAUCGUUCUAUAAUUGUCGUGGCUUACGUGCACAAGAUUAAGGUAAAGUGAAAAUAGGCAAAAAAGCAGAUCCUAUGACACUGUGUCAUCUGCGCAAGGAAUAAGGACGCGGAACGGACAGCACAGGACGGGCCGUCAGUAUUUAAUAGUGGUCAGAUAGACGGACGAACAGCGUUCGCCAAUUCGUGGCCCGUGUGGGCGAACGCUCAACAGCAACCCAGUGAGGAGUGCAAUUGUUAUCGAAAGGGUUGAUAGACGUUGCAGCUUCUCUAGAUGCGAUUAUUUCUUCCAAGACUUCCUGCUCCUGUGUGUCAGCUCUACUGGACAGCUUUCACUGAACGUGUAACAAUAAUAGUAGGUGCCGUCGAAGAGUGAGUCUUACUGGUGGAAGUAGAAUGGGGUUGCCACAUGGAUAGUGCGCAUGUUAUUUCGCCAUAUUAGUCGCAACACACUUUACAACAACGGUACAUUUAGUAAAAAAAUUAUCUGUGAUCGUACUGAUCAGGCACGACUUAUUGCUGUUGAGGAUGUAUUAGCUCAUGUGUUUGCAAAAUUGAAAGCCAGCAGACAAGUGAUCCUUAGUUCUUCGGUAGUAGAAAAAAAGAAUUUAAUUUGGUGGAACGGCAGCUAAAGAGCCGUUAAAAGCGCUAAUGGGCUUACACCCCUGAUAUAACACUCGCACAGUUGAGUAAUAAUGCUUUAAAGAACAUUUGGAGGAUAACAAGAGGAGACAGUGAGUGUCCUUGAUCUGUGGUAGAGUUUGCUAUUACUAUUAUUAUAAAAGAUAACUAUUUAUUGUACUACGUGUCCGCAAUUAACAAUGGAUAAUGACGCGCACCCUCCCUUGACGACUAAUUCGUAGUGACUCGGACUGACGGAAAAAGCAGCGGUGACAACGGGGGGGUACACGGACUGCAAAGUAGCUACUAUUACAAUUAUAAUAACGAUACAAUGGUACUUACGCAGCGACACAUGUCUGCCUAAAUCGUAUCGACAGGAUAAUCAUCAUCAACAUUAAAGUGAGAAUUUCUGCGAUAUCAGAUCAAUGUCAUCGUCAUUUGCUAAAGUGGAGAAGUGAAGUUGGUGCUGCGUUCGAAAUUCUUGUGUUAACGUUGUCGGUACUGUAUUCUACAGCUGACCUGAAUAAGAAAUGGUUGACUGCUAGACAGACGAACCGAUAAAGAAUCGCUCACAGACGUUACCAUCGUCGGCUAAUCUCCGUCUGAUACCGCUGUUCCAUCAACUGGUUGCUGGUUCCAUUGAUGAUAACGUCGUAGACUAGCCCGGCGUUUGAUCUGGUCUCAUAGUUGUCGAGUUUAGUGAACGUCACUGCUAGAAGGUCAGUGUGUCAGAAGGCCAAGAAGCAAUACUGGACGAAACCAGCCGGAACCAUCAAACAACGACAACCCCAGUAGCAGCGGUGGGAAAUGGGUGACAGUUCCGCGUUUAUCGAGAAAGUUUUCUCACCGUUUGUGGCCAUUGCCGUUAGCGAAGACGCAGAUGAACUCUGCGCUAAGAAUGGACUCACUUUCAGUGAGCUCAUACAGCCGUUCACAGACAAUAUUGAAGUAUCUUUAAAGGAUCCCUCAGGAAACGUGUUGCCUCCGGUGAAGCUUAAACUAAACUUUUGUGAUCUUACAACACCGUAUCCACAAGGAUCAUUGGCCAAAAAACAGCUUUCAGAAGCCGUGCUUCGAAACCAGCCCAACAUCGAUGGACCGGGUCCGCGGAAGACGCUUAUCACACAUGGAAUAUAUGAGGUCGAUGUGUGUCCGGUGACGCCAUGGUAUAAUGCGUAUCGAGACGCUUUCUUCAGAUGCUUGGCACCUCAGGAACACGACUUUACUCGCCAUUUUGUCGGAUGCGUUUACGUUGUCAGUUCUGCCCAUCAGGCACCACAACAGCAGCUAACGCAGCUCAUACAAAACGUCAGCACCGUCCAGCUGAAUCUAUCCCAUCAUUCGAAAUGGUUUUUUGGCCAGACAGGUCCUCAGUAUUUCGUCCUCUUACACGAUGGUGGUACGGGCGACAACACCAUGGCCGAGGCGACGUUUCUGUCAAUGAAGAAUAUUCACGGUUCAGCCAACUGUCAUAUGCUAACUAUCAAUUCUGUAUCACCGUCAAACCCUCCUCCGGCAGGGGGAGCUGAUAUUUGGUCACCAUUGAUAGAUUUGACUGCGCCAACGACACCCAAUGGUGAGCAGCAUAAUGGCUGUUCAACGCUGUUACCACCUAAAGUCGAGAGUAACGGCGGCCUCGAAAUGGUUGAACGUGAGCACCCACUCGACCCACUUGGGCCUUUGUCCGCCAGCAGUCCUACUAUGGAUGAACCUACAUCACCAAUCGCGCCGAAAAGGCGUGGAGCAUGGCUCACCACAACAGAUCGGGAGAACGUGAAGACGUUUGUCUCAGAUUUUGCCACCCAGUGCCUAGCCCCUCAAAUUGAACAACAUUUGAAGAACCUCGCGGAUCAGGUGGCCAAUAAAAAAGGACUUCAUCGUCAGAUUGCUGUUGCGGCUAAGAGUUUCUUUGCAGGCCGAGGCAAGGGAAAUAUUCUCGCCAGCAAUAACCCGAAUGUUGUCAACUCAGUGAUAUACAGCCAGCAGGCACCCGAAUUAGUGGUUCGAAAACUGGGUGAUCUAGCAUUUUUGUUUCAUCAAUACGAAACAGCAUAUCAAGCUUACCAUGCAGCAAAACGCGAUUUUCACGGCGAUCAAGCGUGGCUCUAUUGUGCUGGCGCCGAAGAAAUGGCCGCACUAAGUGUGUUUAUGCUGGGAAAAGAUGGACCCCGUUCAUAUCCUCACCAUUAUUUUAAAAAUGCGAUCAAUGCGUACCUCAACGUCUGCAAAAUGCCUCAGCUGGCGACUCGGGCGACUCUUCUUCAUGCGGAAUGUUUACGGUCCCUGGGAGAGUAUGAAAAGUUGGCUGAACAACUUAUCCAUUUAAUCUCUGAGGAUUCGGACCUUCGUUCAGCGUUGCUCCUUGAGCAAGCUGCCUACUGCUAUCUGUCGAUGCAGCCAAUGCAAUUACGAAAGUACGCAUUUCAUCUGGUGUUGGCUGGAUAUCGCUUUUCCAAGGCGGGCAUGCGAAAACACAGCCUUAGAGCCUAUCGGGAGUCCGAACAGGUGUUCCGGAGGCGAGGAUGGAGCUUUGCCGAAGAUCAUAUUCUUUAUAUGACCGGACGUCAAUGCGCCACGCUCGGGAAGCUCGAUAAUGCAUUCCAGGCAUUUCACGGUCUACUCGAUAAAACAAGUCAACAGAGCGCUACGCAGCAAAGCGUAUUCGUCAAAGAUUACUUUGCAACAAUAAAAGCAUUAGACUUGCGAGAAUAUGAGAUGCCGAUCCCGAAAAUCGAUAUGACUUCGGUGAGGACGAUCUUGGGCCACAAGCCACAAGCGAUGGAGAACUCACAUGGGCGGGAGCGGUAUGCAAAUUGUGAAGACUGGCAGAAAUUGGAAGAAUGUUGCUAUUUACGAGCCACCAAUCAGAAGUCUGUACCACCGAAUUAUCGGAAUACGGUUGAUGUUAUGGACAACUCGACGCCGAAUACCAGGCCCGCCAUUGUUGCACAAAAUGAACCCGUCACGGUUGAGUUGGAAUUGACGAACCCGCUACAGAUCGGCCUUAGUCUUCAGCAAGUUCAUCUUUGUUGGGAAAUGGAACCCGGAGAUGAAAGUUCAGGCGAACGUGUAAGCAAUCACCCGUCGCUCAAACUACAAAAGGACAUGCAUCAGCCGCAUAACUAUGUCGAAACCUGUGCUCUGGAAUUCGUCAGUCUCGAAGCUAAACAAACCAUUGUGAUAAAACUGAGCUUGAUCCCCAAAUGUAUGGGUCGUCUGAAGAUUAUUGGUGUAUCCUAUUUGAUAUCACUUCUGGUCAUUUCGCCGUCGCCUUCAACUAAUUCAUUAUCGUCUGAUUCGGUGAUGAUAUCACCAUUGACGCCGCUCACUCCUUUGGCUGAGAAUCAGGGCUCACCGGUUUGGGGUUACCAGACGCUUACAGUCAAAGGUUAUAAAUUGCAUGCCAAGAAAGUGAAGAACAACGAAUGGUAUGCCAAGGAUUAUAGGCUACAGCCUACCGUUGGUCCUCCUAUGCCGUACUUAAAGGCGGACUUUGAUACCUUUCCGAAACAAAUGUUAUGUGGAGAGGUGCAGCGGUUGAAUUUGCGCCUAACCAAUAGGGCAGCAUUUGGCCUUGUCAGACUAUUAAUGGCAGCGAGAAACCCCAGAGAGGUGACUUUCGGUGUCAUCGGCUUAAAGGCACUACCACCAAAUAACAGCACAUAUAAGGAAAUGCCAGCUAACAGUGGCGAUUUAGCGUGUAACAGUGCAUCAUUAUGUGAGGUGGUGAAAACGCAUUAUGUAAUGUCAAUUCCUGGCGUAGACUCAAUAGAGGCUGGGACCACAGUUAGCGUUCCUUUCUGGAUCCGGGGGCCAGAUGUACCCGGAGAGCACCAACUUGCACUGCUAUUCUACUAUGAAGCAGUUGGGUCGUGUCAGGGCGGUGCGAAGAUUCAGCAUCGGGUGACCAAGUUCAGUGCCAAAAUUUCGACGAUUUCUUCGCUCAUCGUGCAUGCCAGUGCCGAACCAAGCAUUAAGGCAGACGAUAUCGGUUCGAUAUUACUUUCGGUGCACGCGAAAAACUCUAGUGAGUUGCAAGGCUCGGAUUCGGUUGACCUGUCAUUGCUACAGGUGUCUCUUAUGUCGGAGAUGCAUUCAAUCGCUAAACAGAUGGAUGUGCCUCCGCGCACUCCGUCCCAUUCAGUGUCCGUGACGACGAUUCGACCCAGGGAAGUGAAAGAUAUCGCGCUAAAACUUUCGAAUAACAAACUCGAAAUAGUAGAUAAUCAAAGUGGCGAGUCUCAUAUGGAUGGACGACUAAAAGGCUCAGACAAUGAGGAAGACACAAAAGACAGCGGUCUAUUUAGUGAACGAACAAAACAGCAAAAGCCGAUGAAAAAGAUGAUCAGUCAAUGGCCUCUGUCGAUAGUGAGGGUAGAAAGCAGCGGUACUCCUUGUGCAGACUUCAUGAUGGCCAGAGCCUCUAAACUGGGUGAGCUGAAGGACGAAAAUGUUCCCCUAACUAACAAAGAGUUCCUUGAUAUGGAAGUGGCUAAGCUAAAAGGAAUGAAAGCUAAAGAGCGGGAUCCGCUUGAUGUAACCGUAGCCAUUAUAUGGAAAGCUGCUGUUGAACGAGAUGGACUUAUGAAGGUCGUUAUGGGUCAACACCAGGUGAAUAUACGCGAUUUGCACGUGACUUACACAUCAAUUCCCCAUACGCUUCACGGCUCUGGCGUGGGCCUAAUGAAAAAAACUUCCGUUCCACCCAUUGGAGGUCCGCUACUGCCUCUUGGCGGGCACGCGGCUCUGGCCGGGCUUGGAGAAGCAUCGCGGCUCAUCCAAGUCAGCCUUCUGCAUGAGCAUUACGUGCAGCAUGACUUCAGCAAGCAACAGUUCCUUGCCCUUGACGUAACACUGAUAUUACAUAACCCGUCCGUGGUAUUGCCACUUACGGUGACCGUGGCUUGCAUGAACUCACUUGCACCUGCCUCGGCGGCUUCUGGAUCAGCAAGCGGGCCUCCAUUGGCAUUUGAAUGCCCACCGACGACUCACGAGCAAAUGGUCACCGAUGAUAUUGGCGGUUUCGUAUGGACUCGACAAGUUCGAUAUCUACGAACGCUCCCGCCAGCUCACGUUGAACGGCUUCCUCUGCAAGCUGUAUCUGUUUCUUUCGACGGGAACCUACAACCUCUCGUCCGGUGUACAGGUGUCUAUUCAAUGCGGCGAUUUGACCAAGUCCGUCUCACCAUGCCAGAGCCUCAUUAUUGUCGACAAAUCCACGUGUAAAAGCUCUAUCACAACUUUCCACUAAUAACUAUCAAUACGCGUUUUGAAACACUUUUUGUUGGAUCCGUAAAAGUUUUUGAAAAAAGGAAAAGGUGUGACUGAAUCAAGACACGCCCUUAGUAAAUGUUUAAGGGUUAGAGGGAUUCGAAAGAGAUCGUACAGGUAAAGUCUCGUUACCUCGUCUAUUUCUGAUUAGCCUUAGUGUCGCUGUUAGAUAUGUAGAAUUAGGUAAAAUAAAUACAGUAGUAUUAUAACAGUAAUCGCAAGUAUACCUUGGGGUAAGCUCUCUAAUCAAGCGUGAAUGUAAAAUAGCGGGAACAAAAAUGCUCUUUUCGAAGAAAGAAGUUCUUGAGUAUCUUUUCCAUUCACCCAUUGAACGUACUGCUAAGUUCGGCGAGAUGGCCGAUAUCAGCGAGAACGCUUGUAGGGCCGGACUUCAGGGAUUACCAGGCUGGUCCUGGAACAGAAAGGUACUGUUUAGGAGGGAAAAAUUCCCACGAGCCAAGUUUAGUAAAACUAGCGAACUGUCAGUAACUGAUAAACGCAAGAUAAAAAUGAUAUGUUAGUGGCCUUAGCGCCGACAGCAGCGGGGCCCGCUAAUAUCAUUAACAAGCCGUGUAAACUUAAUACAUAACGGAAAUACAUGUCGUCGUUUUCAACAACCUAUGCGAACAAUGUAUUACACUAUACACACCUGCAUUUCAUAAAGUUAAUAUUUCAACAGAGGAAACAGAGUGAAAAUGCUGGGAUUCUGAAUUCAUUGAUUACCAACAAGCAAGGAGAUGACGCAUGCUGCUAAUAACAAUUUGCGAUUGGAACGAUUUCUGUAUCUGGUAAGCAUAGAAAAGUGUUGGUCUUUUAAAAUAAUAUGGAAAAAUACGUGUGUGAUCAACGUAGGUGAUAAUCAGAUGCACGGUGAACAACUAUAAGUUAAAACCUUAUUUCUCCUCCAAACCGUUACAAUAUUUUCUAUGUAUUUAUAUCAUCAGACAUAUAUCAAAAUUGAAUGUGUUAAACCCACCACUGUGUGUAAAUGACUUCCUGUUCACUCCAGAUGGGGCGGGGGUACAUGAUACAUCAUAAAUUGAUAAAACAGAAAAAGCUCUUUUACGUGCUUCUUAUUUAUUAAGUUUCUGUAAUACUACUUAGCAUGUACUAGAAAUUUGAAUGAUUAGAACUAUUAUGUUUGUGAACCAAGUUAAGCAAUGUUGUGCAUUUAUGUAGCUUCGACAU